AUGCCCACAUAUUGCAUAGCCAAGGCAGAGGCUAGCCUGCAGUUCCUGUCGGAAAGCCUCGGACUGGACCCGCAGCAGCGCGCCGAGGUCGUGCGGCGCUUCCCUCAGGUGCUGGGUUACGGCGCUAAGUCGUGGCUGCAGCCGCAGCUGGCGUUCCUGCGCAGCCUGGGUGUAGCACAGGAGGACCUGCCCGCGCUGGUCAUGGCGCGGCCCCAGCUGCUGCUGCUGCUGCUGCUGCUGCAGCUGCUGCUGCUGCUGCUGCUGCUGCUGCUGCUGCAGCUGCUGCUGCUGCUGCUGCUGCUGCCGCUGCUGCUGCUGCUGCCGCCGCCGCCGCCGCCGCUGCUGCUGCCGCUGCUGCUGCUGCUGCUGCUGCUGCAGCACGCACGGCGGUGGCAGUCACAGGGAAAGGAGUGCUGGGGUCGUUGGGCUUGGAAUGCCGAGGCUCGAAAGCACGCGCAGGUGACGAAGUGGCUGACGCGUUAUGUCAAGGUUCCGCGCAAGAAGGUGGGCUCCGUGCUGCACCUGUACCCCUACGACUACUCCCCAGCCUUUGCCACCGGCCUCCGAAAGUACGUGGCCGCCAAGAUGCAGGCCGAGGCGGAGGCCGCGGCGGGGGCGGCGGCCGCGCCGGAGGAGAGCGACGAGGAUGAGGAGGGCAGCAACCGCGGCGGGCAGGCCGGCGGGCCCGCCGCGGAGUGA